AUGCAGACCGAGACGCUCAUAUUGUUGGCUGCUGCCACGUUCCUCUUCGUACUUUACACGACCGUGUUUCAGCCGGCCCUCUUCAGCCCGCUGGCAAGAAUCCCUACCGCCCACUGGUCCUGCUCCUUGUCCAACUACUGGAUACUUCGUGCCAGGAAGCAAGCGAAAGAAAAUGAAAGUCUCUUCAAAGCUCACUUGCGGCAUGGGCCCAUCGUUCGAGUGGCGCCCAACACGUUGAGCGUAGACGGGGUCGAUGCCAUGCGGGCGAUAUAUCAAGGAGGCUACGAAAAGUCCGACUGGUACAGAGUCUUUGAUAACUACGGCGUCCCGCACAUGUUCUCAACGUUGGGGUCCAGGGAACACUCGCGCAGAAAACGGAUGAUUUCCAAUGUCUACUCCAAGUCUUAUAUCCACGCGUCAGCGCCGGCUCGAGCCCAGAGCAGAGCGAUUCUUCUGGGCAGGCUCGUCCCGCUGCUGAGACGAGAGGCCGCAACACCCGGCGCCAACGGCACAGAAGUACAGUCCAUCUUCAUGGCGACGACAAUGGAUCUCAUCUCGUCGUAUAUUUUUGGAUUGGGAAAUAGUACCAAUUUCAUCGAGGACACGUCGUACCGAGACCACUGGCUGCAACUAUAUCUCUCCCGGCACCAUCAUCACUUCUGGCCCCAAGAACUUCCCAGCCUGACGAGGCUAUGUAGAAAGCUAGGUGUGCGACUGUACCCAUCGUUUGUCGAUGACGCCAAUCAAGAAAUACGGGCGUGGAACAAAACCAUGUGUGACAGGGCCGAGCAAUCGAUGAACAGUGACGUCAAGGGACGAUGCCUACCUGCCGAUGAAGCAGUCGUCUUCCAGGCGAUGCACGCAGGCAUCGACAAGGAAGAAAACACCGAGGGGCAAGCCUCGUUGCUUUACACCACUUCCAUCCAGCAGAGGAGCUUGGCAGUGGCCAGCGAGAUCCUGGAUCACCUGCUCGCCGGCCAUGAGACGGCCGGCAUUGUGCUGACCUACAUCGCCUGGCGACUGUCUCGGGCGCCCGACGUCCAGGAACAGCUUCGAACAGAGCUCCUCUCCUUGGAAACACGUGCCAAUGACAGCGGUGCGCUGGCGGACCCGAAGCAGCUGGAUGCCCUGCCUGUCUUGCACGCGAUUGUCAUGGAGACGCUUCGAUUGCACGCGCCCAUUCCGGGACCACAACCGCGGUCUACCCCGUAUCCGGGGUGUCGGAUCGGGGGCUACGAUAUCCCGGGCGGUGUGCGGAUUGCGUCUCUCGCGCACACGCUUCAUCUGGACGAGAGGGUGUAUCCGGAUGCGCGGAGAUGGGACCACGCGCGGUGGCUUGGGCGGGAGGGGGACGGCGAGAACGGGAGGCAGAUGAAUCGGCAAUUUUGGGCGUUUGGCAGCGGCGGACGUAUGUGUAUUGGCUCGAAUUUCGCAUUGACGGGUAUUAAAAAUAUCGUGGCGGCAAUUUACACCAAUUUCACGACGGCCGUUGUGGACGAUGCCGGUAUGGAGCAGACGGAUGGGUAUUCCUCCCGACCAGCGGGGGAUAAGCUGUACCUGAGGUUUACUGCUGUGUGA